UUGAUGGUCCAAAAACGACUGUCAACUAUACAACUAUGCAUGUUGUCACUUGCAUUGUUAUCUCUAUCUCCUUCUGUAAACAACUAUACACACGGAAAAUAUUACAGUUUCCAGCCUCCCACUGUGCAUGGCUAGUCAAUAUUCGCUUUUUUCAACCGCCUUUCUCUUGAAGAAUUAUCCCAGCCUUUGCCUCACUCGACAAUGGUGAUGCUUUCCGUUUUUCUCUGACCGUUCAUUUAUUAAUACAUUUUUAAAUCAUCGUCCUUUUUGUACAAUGGCCUGGCUACUGGUCCCAGGGAAGAUGGAUACUCUGUCACAGUUAAGUCCCAGGCCGCCCUGGAAUUUAAGCCAAGAGUCAAAGAAGGCCUAGGUCAGAAUGCAGCCCUGAUUACUUUUUCGUUGGGCUUGCCAGCGGAUGGUUAAUCACUCUAGAAAGGCCAACGUCUUAAGGAACGCAUCGGUAUAUCAUGAUGGUCCUGUAGGCCAAGGCCCUAUAGUUCUCUCUAGAUACAACUCUGACAAUGUUAUAUUCCGACUUCUGGCUUUGUAUUUUAUGAUCAUUUUAUGGUUCAAUACAACGUUGUAUGAAGCUUAUUUUUUUGCGUAAGGGACAGAUUGUACUUCUCGAUUCCUAUUCCUUCCAUGUCAAACGAAGUUUGCGUGUGGGGAAAUGAACUCAAGAACGUGGUCACUUACCAAUGCAAGAUAAACAUCCUUUGUGGACACACACACCCAUGGGAGGGAUCUCUCAGCCUCUCCAGUGGCUGCUCUACACAGCCUCUCCGCUCUCUGAGAGGAGGGUUGUGUUCUCCUCCCUGACCAGGAACAGGCACUGGGUCGGCUUGGAGGCACUUCUUUAGUCCCACGUCUAGCCGGCAUCAUUCCGUGCUGUAGGGCAGACCCCAACAUGUCUUCCAAUGGAGACCUCUGCGACCUGGGAAGCUCUGACAGCUUCUGGGAGCCGGGGAACUACAAACGCACGGUGCGGCGCAUCGACGACGGCCACCGGCUCUGCAGCGAGGUGGUCAACUGCUUCCAGGAGCGCGCCAAGAUCGAGAGGAGCUACGCCCUGCAGCUCGGCGACUGGGCCCGCAAGUGGAGGGGCACGGUGGAGAAAGGCCCUCAGUACGGCACGCUGGAGAAGGCGUGGCACGCCUUCAUGCAGGCGGCGGAGCGUCUGAGCGAGCUGCACCAGGAGAUGCGCGGGCAGCUGGCCAGCGAGGACAGCGACAAGGUGCGCAGCUGGCAGAAGGACGCCUUCCACAAGCAGCUGAUGGGCGGCUUCCGCGAGACCAAGGACGCCGACGACGGCUUCCGCAAGGCCCAGAAGCCCUGGGUCCGCCGGCUGAAGGAGGUGGAGUCCACGAAGAAGAGCUACCACCAGACCAGGAAGGAGGAGCGCACGGCGCUCACCAGGGAGAACCACGCCAAGGCCGACCCCACCAAGUCCCAGGAGGAGGUUCGCAAGUUCUCCACCAAGGUGGAGCGCUGCACCGAGGAGGCCGAGAAGGCGAAGCAGCGCUACGAGAAGGCUCUGGAGGAGCUGAACCGCUGUAACCCCCGCUACAUGGAGGACAUGGAGCAGGUGUUCGACCUGACGCAGGACGCCGAGCGAGGACGCCUGCGCUUCUUCAAGGAGGUGCUGCAGGACAUCCACACACACCUGGACCUGUCCCGCCAGGAGGGGUUCCAGAGCCUGCACCAAGACCUGGGGCAGACCAUCAACGCAGCCAACGACGUGGAAGACCUGAAGUGGUGGAGGAACACCCACGGGCCCGGCAUGAGCAUGAACUGGCCCCAGUUUGAGGAGUGGUCCCCGGAUGCGAGUCGCUCCAUCAGCAGGAAGGAGAAGGGUUGUCAUGACGAGGACAACGUGGUCACCCUCACCAACAUCGUGCCGUCCGGUGCAGAGGAUGCCCCGCCCACUCCGACCCCCACCAUCCUGGACACAAGCAGGGUGAAGGACUAUUCCUCGGACUGGUCGGACGAGGACGGCUCUAAGAAGGGCCUGGGGGUGAACGGCGUGGGUGAGGUGGAGAAGCAGCAGCAGCAGGAGGAGGAGGAGGUGGAGGUGGAGGAGGAGGAGGAGGAGGAUAAGGUAGAGGCUGUGCCUGUCCGUGCGCUCUAUGAUUACACGGGCCAGGAGGCCGACGAGCUGAGCUUUAAAGCAGGAGAACAGCUGCUGAAGAUGACGGAGGAGGAUGAGCAGGGGUGGUGCCAAGGCCGGCUGUCCACUGGCCAGGUGGGCCUGUACCCGGCCAACUACGUACAGGUGGUCGCCUCAUGACCCCACGGCCCGCCCACCUCAGCCUCGCCCCUCCCGGGCCGCCCGGCCAAUGGUACUGGAGAGUUAGACGCCUGGACCAAUCGCACCAUGCCACCAGAGCCCACGUGAGCGCGUGCCCUUCCCGGAGGUGGACACUGUGAGCCUUGCCAACCAAACCAUUCCCUGAACAAUUUUUAUUUUAUUUUAUUUUCCUUUUUUUUUCUCAAAUACCUAUGCUCUCUGCCUAGCUACGGGACUGAGGGAGUCCUCUGUGCUUCCUGCCGCCAUUUGGCGUCACGUAAUGUUGUCCAGAGUGCGCGUGUCUCUCUGUCUAGUCGUGUUUUUCCGUUGGCGGCGCAUCACUCGCGGGGGGGAAGUGCCUUCGCAGAGACGGUUGACCUUGAACGUCAAGUGAUGACCUCUGUAAGAUGAUGGCUGACGUUAGACCUGGCCACGCCCACCUCAUGACCACGCACACACCAUGACCACGCCCGCACGAUGGCCACACCCACAUGAUCACAUGGUCUCAUCGCUCGGUGAAGGUUACCCCCGACAACUAAAAGCAGCCGGGUGUGGUCGUUGUGUGUUUAUAUAUGUUACCUGCUUUGGUCACCUGUUGAAAGAGUAAAAAAACAGUUGUUGAGUUAUGGUAGGUUUAACGUUGUUGAUGGAUAUUUAGCCUUGGCAGUGCGUUCAACUCUGUGAUGAUUGAUUUGUUCUAUGAAUCAGCUUCCUCUUCUGCUAUUUCUGCUAUUAUCUGAAAAAUAUAUAUAUAUAUGUUGUCAAUCACACUCAAAUGAAUGAGUUUUUAGUUUAAAAAAAUAUUUCCUUGUUGAGGCAAUCUAAUCUUUUAUUUGUUGGUCCGUUUCUUUUUGUUGCUAAACUGACAAAAGGGAGCGAGGGCAUGAGUGGUUUUCUAGUUCAUUUUGAGAUUGUUUCCCAAGAUGUGUGCCUGUGUGUGUUUGUGUGUGUGUGAUAUAUUGGCCACUGCUAACCCUGUGCACCGAUGCUGGAGCUAACCCGUGUACCCUCUCAAUAAAACCAUUGAGAAAACUACUGCAGUGAUUUUGAUCUUUG